GCACAGCCGGCCCCGCUGUUACUCCGACCGCACUCGAUCUACCCACCACCGUCGGGCCUGAAAGAUAAUCCGGCACGCAGCCCAAUCGCUAGUCGCUGCUCAAUGUCUUUGUGUCCUGCUGUGCAACCAGCCCCGGCCUGUUGACAGCACCCACGGUCGUUCAUCGACCGAAGAAAUAAUAAUAGCUUUGACGCAUCCGCCCGGAUCCCCUCGUCCUUGACCCCGCGCAAUCCAUCAGUGAUUGCCCCGCGUCUCCGCAUCGUUCGUCACCCGCGAUCCAACAAGCACAACACGACACCCGACAUCGCCCACCAUGGCCGAGUUCGUGCGCGCCCAGAUCUUUGGGACCACCUUCGAGAUCACGUCGAGGUAUACCGACCUCCAGCCGGUCGGCAUGGGAGCAUUCGGUCUGGUCUGCUCUGCAAAGGACCAGCUUACCAACCAGAAUGUCGCCGUCAAAAAGAUUAUGAAGCCUUUCAGUACCCCGGUCCUGGCCAAGAGGACGUAUCGCGAGCUUAAGCUGCUCAAGCACCUGAAGCACGAGAACGUCAUCUCGCUCAGCGACAUCUUCAUCUCCCCCCUCGAGGACAUUUACUUUGUCACGGAGCUCCUGGGCACCGACCUGCACAGGCUACUCACUUCGAGGCCUCUGGAGAAGCAGUUCAUUCAAUAUUUCCUCUAUCAGAUUAUGCGCGGUCUGAAAUACGUGCACUCGGCCGGCGUCGUCCACAGGGACCUGAAGCCCAGUAACAUCCUCGUCAACGAGAACUGCGACCUCAAGAUCUGCGAUUUCGGCCUGGCGCGCAUCCAGGACCCCCAGAUGACGGGCUAUGUGUCCACGAGGUACUACCGCGCGCCAGAAAUCAUGCUCACGUGGCAAAAGUACGACGUCGAGGUCGACAUCUGGAGCGCCGGCUGCAUCUUUGCCGAGAUGCUCGAGGGCAAGCCGCUCUUCCCCGGCAAGGACCACGUCAACCAGUUCUCCAUCAUCACCGAGCUCCUCGGCACGCCGCCUGACGAUGUCAUCAACACCAUCGCAAGCGAAAAUACCCUGAGAUUCGUCAAAUCUCUCCCCAGGCGCGAGAGGCAACCUCUCAAGAAUAAAUUCAAGAACGCCGAUCCUCCGGCCAUCGACCUCCUAGAGCGCAUGCUCGUCUUUGACCCCAAGAAGCGGAUAACAGCAGCGGAGGCGCUGGCCCACGAAUACCUGGCUCCGUACCACGACCCCACCGACGAGCCCGUAGCUGAGGAAAAGUUUGAUUGGAGCUUCAACGACGCCGACCUGCCCGUCGACACAUGGAAGAUCAUGAUGUACUCGGAGAUCCUCGACUACCACAACGUUGAGGCCGCCAGCGUCGGCCAAAUGGAGGACCAACAAUACCUCGCACAAUGAAGCAUGUGAAAACUGCCAGAGAUCCGAAACAAAACCGAUAAGAAAAAGGUACAGGGACUAAGGGUUAUCUGGAUCGUGUUUUGUCGGGCGAUGACGGGUGGCUGGCUGGUCAUGACGGCGUUCUGGAAGAAAGGAAAGGAAGAAUUUUUUAUUUUCUCAUCACGUUUUGUGACCGAGACAAAUCAAGAGGAAACAACGCUGGCUGCCUCGAAGUGGUAGCAACUAAUUCAUAUCUGCUGGCCGGCGUCUUUGGCCUAGAUUGGGUGGAAUCUAUUUUUAAUUUCUUGGUCUCGUUUUUCGUCGUCGUCGUCGUCGUUGAAAUCCUUGCGGUGCUGACCCCUAUUUGCCACACGACAUUGGAAGGGAGUUUGUUACAAGAAAGAGUGUUGAGGGGCGAAGGAACCGCGGUUGGAUCGUUGGCGGAGGUUGAAUAUCAGUAUCGGCGUGCAUACCUAUAAACUUUGUUGCUUACACCACCACCACCAUCACCAUAAUAGAUCCUGACCGUAGAGGUCCGCCCGACGUCCUCAAGACCGCGCGGACGCCGAAACGUUAUACAUACACAUGAAUACAUCAGAUCAACAGCAAAGGCUAUGACCCGGAUUAACGUCUGGCUCUUGUUUCUACCAAAGUCUCAAUGACGGCACCGAGUAGCACGCCCACUUCCCGAUUCCCAUACCUGAUCGUUGUUCCUAGAUCACCGUGUGAUGUACGGCCGCGUACUAGCCGGCGGGCAGUAGUUGAGUAGAAAAAGUAAAAGGAUAUUUAUACCC